AUGACUGAACUAAUCCCCGGCCAUGUGGUCACUCUCACCGACGGUCGGCAGGCCACCGUUCGGUUCGUGGGCACAACACACUUCGCGCCUGGUGACUGGGUAGGCGUUGAGCUCGACGAUCCCACCGGGAAGAACGAUGGCGCCGUGCAAGGCGAGAGGUACUUCGACUGCGAGCCCGGCUUUGGCAUGUUUAUCCGUCCAAGUGCCGUCGACGCGAUCAUCGAGCAACCGCCCGCUCGUCCACCUCCAAAGCCCGCCGCAUCGAAAACGAUCACCACCGCGCAACCCACUCCAACCCGCGGGCGAGCUCAGAGCGGCAUUGCCGCUGGUCUCAAGAAACCCAAUGCGCUCUCCACCGCCAACACCAAACGACACAGUGCCGGGGCCGCAAGCCCGACCUCGGCGCUGCGAGGCGCCGCUCAGCGCUUGUCAACCAAGACGAGGAGACCGAGUUUGCACGCCACCCCAUCGGCGCCUACGGGGCUGGCGAAACGCCCCGCCUUGCGACCAACAGCGCCCGGCAGACCGCCGGAAGAUGUGGAGGGUGACACGAGUUCUCUGUCGGAGGCCCUUGACGCUGAAACACCGGACGUAGAGGGCGACGGAGAUCAGGAUGACCCGGGGCUCAGGUCUAUCAGGCCUAGUCCCAGCGCCUCGCGGACGGUGAGCGGUAGCCAGAAGCAGCCGCAGCCCUCGUCGCAGCGUCUCUCGACCGCUGGAGCUGUAUCGCGGGAGCUCGAUGAAUUGAAAACCAAGCUGCGAGUGAUGGAGAAGAAACGGGCCGACGAUCGCGAAAAGCUCAAGACCCUGGAGCAAUUGCAGUCGGACCGCGACAAGUUUGAGGGGAUCAUCCAGAAGCUGCAAGCCAAGUACCAGCCCCAACAGCUCGAGAUUGGCGAGCUCCGCAAGAAGCUGAAAGAGUCGGAAGCCCGUUUGGAGGAAGUCGAGCGUCUUCAAGCCGAACAUGACUCGAUCUUGGAAAUGGCUACUCUGGACCGCGAGAUGGCCGAAGAGACGUCCGAGAUGUUUAAGCAUGAAUGUGAAACGCUGCGGCUCAGGGUUGAGGAGCUGUCAUUGGAGGUUGAGGUGCUCCGAGAAGAAAACGAGGAGCUUGGACAGGCCAUGACCCCGGAGGAGAAGUCGAGCCACGGAUGGUUGCAGAUGGAAAAGACGAAUGAGCGUCUGCGCGAGGCGCUCAUCCGUCUCCGUGACAUGACCCAGCAGCAGGAAGCCGAGCUGAGAGACCAAGUCAAGGAGCUCCAGCAAGAUCUGGAGGACUACACUGCGAUCAAGUCCCAGUAUGAGUCGACGAAGGAGAAACUACUGGUGUCCGAGAACAACGUGGAGGACCUCAAGCAGCAGCUCGAGACCGCUCUUGGCGCGGAGGAGAUGAUCGAAGAGCUCGCGGACAAGAACUUGCGCUACCAGGAAGAGAUCAACGAACUCAAGGCUGCCAUUGAAGACCUGGAGGCGCUGAAGGAGAUCAACGAUGAACUCGAGUACAACCACAUUGAAACCGAGAAACAGCUCCAGGAGGAGAUCGACUACAGGGAGAGUCUAUACAAUGAACAAAACCGUAAGCUCACACAGCAGGACGAAGUCAUUGAAGAUCUCGAAUACACUCUGGUUCGGUUCCGAGAGCUAGUCUCGACUCUGCAAGGCGACUUGGAGGACAUGCGGGCAUCACAGCAAAUCUCCGAAGCGGAGGCUACCGAUCUCACGACGCGUUCGCGUGCCAUGAUGGAUCUCAACCUGAAGCUGCAGGCAUCAGUCUCCAAGGCGCAGACCAAGACAAUUGACAUCGAACUCGGUCGCAUGGAGGCGGAGGAAGCCACGCACCACCUGUCUAUCCUCAAAUUAUAUCUGCCAGAGUACUUUGACAGCGAGCGUAAUGCGAUCCUUGCGCUUCUCCGGUUCAAGCGUGUCAACUUCAAAGCCUCGCUGAUGAACAACACCAUCCGCGAAAAGGUGGCGGAGCAAGCGUCGGUGUCCCCCGCCCUCGAGGAGGUGUUUGUGGCCAGCGACGUCAUGGAAAAGCUGCAGUGGAUCGCGGCUAUCUGUGAUCGGUUCGUCAACUAUAUCACUACUUGCUCCGCGGAAAGCUUCGGCACCAUCACGGGUGCCCUCUUCGAGCUUGAGCCUGUGGAACGUACGCUGAAUUUCUGGAUUGAAGGAUUGAAGAAGAAUGAGAUCAACCUGAAGAAAUGUGCAGUCGAGUUACAGCGAUCAAUUGCCCUCCUGGCGCAUCUUGCCGAGACACUGCUGCCGACGACUCUGGAGACAUUUGCGGACGAACUUUGCAUGCGCUCGAUGCUGGCUCAAUCCUACAUCGACCACAGCGCUUCGACCAUCGCACGACUGAGGACCCUACUGCAGUCCAAGGUUGCGGUCCCAGCGGGAGGCGAUGAAGAGAGCGCAUUCCUCUACAACAAAAUGGAAGGGAUCGUGACACAAGCCCGUGGCCUGAAAGUCGCUAUGGGCAAGAUCUACCGCUCCCUGGACGAGCUCCGAUCCAGAUCUCUGGCGCUUUCACCCGACGUGGCUGGUCCAUUCAAACAGGCCGAGGAAGCAGCCAAGGAUCUCUCUUCUCUCACUCGACAGCUCGGAGAGACGAUCGUGUUGCUCAUCAUCGACGAAAGCCGCACUGAGUCCCUGAGUCUGGAAGAAGCACUCAAGACCAUGUCGCAGAUCUCCACACUCUACGCGCAACCUUCAGAAACAGGCAGCGAAAGCAGCGAUGCGACCUCUCUCAUCUCCAACCGACUGCGCAGUCUAGGCGGGUCCCUCGAGGAACUUGACUCGAUCACAUCCGACCUCUCGAUCACCUCCGAAUUUGAGAAGCGACCAUCCCCUUGGACCAUCCGCGCCGAGGAGCUCAAGUCCAACAAACAAACCUCCCCCGAUGCGGACGAAGAGAUCCGGCGGCUGAAGAACGAAAUCCACGAAGCCUCCACGGCACUCGGCGUCAAGGACAAGACUAUUGAGGAGCAAGCCAUCAAAGUCGAAUUGGUCGAGUCCCGGAUGCGCGAAGCCAGGGAGAAGGCUUCCAUGGUCAAAGACCUCGAGGCCAAGAUUGAAGAGCUUCAGUCGGCCCACUCGAACCUAGAGUCCACUGUGCAUCAGCAGCGCGCCGGCAUUGAGGCGCUCGAGGCGGAACGCGACGAGCUCAAAACCCGCCUCGACAAGGUCAAGCGCAUCUCCGGAACGACCGGCGCCACGACGACCGCCGAAGGCGGCGUGGUCAUCGACGCCGGGCUCUCGCUCGCCACGAUGCGCGAGAACGAGGCCCUCCGCGCCGAGGUCGAGAGCCUCCAAGCCGCCGUGCGCUACUUCCGCGAGGAGCACCGCCGCGCCAACAUCCUCGACCCGUACUCCAUCCAGCGCUCCGCCGAUCUGCACUCCUGGCUGGACGUGCCCCUCACCCAGAGCCACGUCUCCUCCCCGCGCCGCGAGAAGAUCCAACACACCGCCUCCGAAAGCCGCGACGUCUUCACCCACCUGCUCAAGCUCACCCAGGACUCGCAGAUCUGCGAUCUCAAAUCCACCGCGCCCCCAACAGCCGCCAAAGACAGCCCCGCCUCCGAUCCCUCCACCACCACGACCGCACGGGUCACCUGGCGCCCGAGCAAGACCAAGCUCCGCUACCACGUCCUCCAGCAGCGCGAGAACUUCGAGGAGUGGGCCGACUGGCGCGACGAGAUCAUCAGCCACGAGCGUGAGCAGGACCGCGUGGCCACCGCCAAGAAAGAACGUCUCGCGCGCAGACACCGCGCCGCCGCGGCCGCCAAGAGCUCCGUCUACGGCGCCGCAGCUGGGUUCUCCCAGGGUCUGGGUCAUGGCAUGAUGGGCCGUGCUUGGCAGAUCCUAGGCAUGGAGCACGAUGGGGCGGCCGGUAUCAUCAUCCAUUCCACCUAUUGA